CGGGCCCUUGCAAGGGGAGAAUGGCGGCGUCUGCUGCAGCCUGGCGAGCGUGGAGCCGGGCGGGGGUCGCAGGGGCGGUCCCCCUGGCCGCGGGGCUUCGGAGACAGAUCCAUAGGACAUCCGUCCCGCUCACGUGGCUACGACUUCGAGCUCCCUUUGCCCCUCGUCCGUCUCCCCAAAAUGACUGUCACAUUCUCUUACCGAGGCCAGCAAUCCGGUGUCAAAGCACAGCUGCUGCUGCAGGUACACAGAUAAUUCAGCCUCCGGCUUCCCCGCCUGUCGAGGGCGCUCUCUCCACAGGGGACCUUGGCCAAGCUGUCCAGGAGCUGAGCUUUCAAGAGCUGGGCCUGGGCUCCUACACCCCAGUGGGAGUAAUCCAGAACUUGUUGGAGUCCCUUCAUGUGGAGUUGGGGUUACCUUGGUGGGGAGCCAUCGUAGCAGGGACAGUGGCAGCGCGUUUCCUGAUUUUCCCACUCAUCGUGAAAGGCCAGCGAGAGGCCGUGAAGCUGAACAACCACCUGCCCCAGAUUAACGAACUGACGGGCCGCAUAAAUGAGGCCAAGCGCUCAGGGAACAAGUUUGAAUUUUCAAAGGCUUACUCGGAUCUGGCCCUCUACCAGAAAGCUCACGAUGUUAAUCCACUACGAGGGUUCCUUGUGCCUCUUGUCCAGGCACCCAUUUUCAUUUCGUUCUUCAUCGCCCUGCGCAAAAUGGCCGAGCUGCCCGUGCCCAGCCUGCAGACUGGGGGGCUGUGGUGGUUCAUGGACCUUUCGGCCGCUGACCCUUUUUACAUCCUGCCUUUGGCAGUGACGGUCAGCAUGUGGGCCGUCUUGGAGCUGGGAGCAGAGUCGGGUGUGUCAAACCCCAACCUGAGGGUUAUGAAGACGGUUUUCCGGGUGAUGCCAGUCAUUAUCCUGCCUCUCACAAUCUCCUUCCCCACGGCCAUCUUCACCUACUGGAUGACCUCCAACAUGUUCUCACUGGUACAGGUGGCGGUGCUGCGUGUGCCCGCAGUCCGCUCCUACCUCCGCAUCCCCGAGCGUGUGGAGCAUGACCCCUCAGUCCUGCCUCAACAGGAAGGCUUUUUGAAGAGCCUCAACAAAGGAUGGAAGAAUGCACAGAUGGCUCAGCAGAUGGAGGAGAGAGAACGGCGCAUGAAGAACCACUUGGAUUUGGCAGCUAAGGGGCCGUUGCGCCAGACCUUUUCCCACAACCCUUUGCAGCAGCAUGAGCCUCCCGCUACAAAACCUCCACCACCAAAGAGACCAUGGGAGGAUACACUGGGCUGAGCGAUGAACCCCAGUGCCUCAGGAGCCCCCUUCACACCCAGGACUCAGUGUCGGAGCAGAGUUGUACCUUCCCGUGCUGAAACACUCACCCCGUCCCAGCCAAUUUGAGAUCUUUGGUAAUAAAGGACGUGAAACUUC